AUGAGAGAACAGGAAUCCAUAUAUUACGCCAUUUUCUUACAAGCGGCUUUUGGUAUGAUUGGAUUAUCGUACCCAGAUAACUCCAUACAAAUGAACCGUUUUGUAACUCCGCUUCAUAUCGUACCUGAAUGGUACUUUUUGGCAUAUUUUGCGGUGUUAGAAGUAAUCCCAUUCAAAACCGGUGGUUUGUUAGUAUGUAUGUCCUCUCUCAUUAACCUAGCUCUUUUAUCUGAAAUUCGAGCUUUGAAUACCCGUCAAAUCGAACAAACAAAGAUAUUAAAUUGCCUAGAAUACUGA